CCACUCCGAACUUCCUAAUAAAUACCAAUGGAAGAUGUGAUUUUUGGACUGUGGUUAUGGAUUGGUAUAUGCUUCAAGCAUCUCUUCUUAUCCUCCUCUUUAUUUCCCUCUUCCUCUACCUCUCUGUGUCUCCAACUGAAAUUCAGUUUCCUUCCUUGCUUUAGCUAUGGCUGAAGCUAACGCUACUACUACUUCAAAGAGUCUCUCCUUUCUUCUAUGUAACAAUAACAGUAGCAGCAACAACACUUGCCUUUCUUCUUUUACCUCUAAAACGCUCUGUUUUUCUUUUCAUUUCCAAAAACCUUCUCCUUUACUCUCUUUCCCUUCCUUUUCCUCUUCCACUCAACCUCCGCGCUCUUGCUAUCCAGUUACGCGUGUAACUACUGUUCCUUUAGAAUACGCGCUGCCAGCUCCUGACUCCAAUUUCCACCUAGAAAUCUCCCGCCUAAAAUCUCUACGCUCCAAGCUCUCCGGUUUGAAUUCUCUGGAGCAGAAGCUUUUACUCCUUGAUUCUGAUUCGCGAGUUAAACAUUUUUUUAGUUCGCAUAGAAAUGGAGUUUCUAGAGCUGUAGCUCUGCUUAAUUUGGACUUGCACGAGUUGUUUUUGCUCAAGUGUUUGGUUGCAGCAGGGCAAGAGCACGUGCUUAGCUUCGGGUUUGAGUUGGUGGAGAGUGAGGCGGAGUCGGCAAGGACUUCGGUGAAGAGCGCGCUUUAUGCUUUGGUGGAGAUGAUUGAGAGUUUUGAUUUGAGUGAGCAUGGAGGAAAAGAUAGUUUGCAGAUGAGUCGUGGUGCGUUUUUUAAUGAAGAGGAGAUUGCGGACUUGAGAAAGUUGUUAAAGACUUUGGAAGAGAUUGAACAAUUCUAUGAUUGCGUUGGGGGUAUCAUUGGAUAUCAGAUAAUGGUGCUGGAACUUCUUGCCCAGUCAACUUCUGAGAUGCACGCAACAAAUUGGUCCCAGCACAUACAAGAAUCAAUGGAAUGUCAGUUUUUGGAAAUUCAUGCACCUAAUGUAAUUGACCUUUCAAAAAAUACAGAAUAUGCAUCUCAAGCAGCUCUGUGGGGAAUUGAGGGUUUGCCAGGUCUAGGAGAAAUUUAUCCUCUGGGCGGUUCAGCAGACCGGCUUGGUUUGGUUGAUCCAGACACAGGUGAAUGUCUUCCUGCUGCAAUGCUUCCUUAUUGUGGACGGACUUUAUUGGAAGGCCUUAUAAGAGAUCUUCAGGCUCGAGAGUUCUUGUACUUCAAGUUGUAUGGAAAACAAUGUAUCACCCCUGUUGCGAUCAUGACAAGUUCAGCUAAGAAUAACCACAAGCAUAUCACUUCUCUAUGUGAAAGACUCAGCUGGUUUGGAAGAGGCCAAUCCAGUUUCCAACUUUUUGAGCAGCCUCUUGUUCCCGCUGUUGGUGCGGAAGAUGGGCAAUGGUUGGUAACAAAACCUUUCACACCUGUUUCCAAGCCUGGUGGACAUGGUGUUAUUUGGAAACUUGCAUAUGAUAAAGGCAUCUUUGAGUGGCUUUAUGGUCAUGGAAGAAAGGGUGCAACCGUUCGACAAGUCAGCAAUGUUGUGGCUGCUACAGACUUGACCCUUUUGGCAUUGGCGGGGAUUGGUUUACGCCAUGGAAAGAAACUUGGCUUUGCAUCUUGUAAGCGUAAUUUGGGGGCUACAGAAGGUAUAAAUGUCCUUUUGGAGAAGAAGACUCUUGAUGGGAAGUGGGCUUAUGGUUUGUCAUGCAUUGAGUACACAGAGUUUGAUAAGUUUGGAAUCACAAGUGCACCUCACUCCUCUAACAGUUUGCAGGUGGAAUUCCCUGCCAAUACAAACAUUCUCUAUGUGGAUCUACCCUCUGUGGAGACCAUUGCAUCAAGCAAUACUGAAAAGAGUUUACCAGGCAUGGUAAUCAAUACAAAGAAGGAAAUUACAUACGAGGACCAUUUCGGGAACUGUCAUAGUGUCUCUGGUGGCCGGCUGGAAUGUACCAUGCAAAAUAUUGCAGAUAAUUUUUUGAAUACCUACUUAUCAAGAUCUUAUCAGGGAGUUGAAGAUAAGCUGGAUACUUUUAUUGUGUAUAAUGAACGAAGAAGGGUUACGUCAUCAGCUAAGAGAAAGAGAAAACAUACAGACAAUUCUUUGCACCAGACCCCAGAUGGUUCACUCCUAGAUAUCUUUCGGAAUGCUUAUGAUCUUCUUUCCCAUUGUGAUAUUGAACUUCCAGAGAUUAAAGGUAAUGAUGCAUAUGUUGAUUCUGGACCACCAUUUCUAAUAUUUCUGCACCCUGCUCUUGGCCCACUUUGGAAUGUUACAAGACAAAAGUUCCAUAAAGGAUCCAUUUCUGAGGGCUCUGAGCUACAAGUUGAGGUUGCAGAGUUCUUAUGGAGGAAUGUUGAGCUUGAUGGGAGUUUAAUUGUUAUUGCUGCAAAUAUCAUGGGCUCAACCAGGAUUGAUGCAAAUGGUGAGCCAAUAUUGCAGUAUGGACACAGGUGUGGAAGAUGUAGACUGCAAAAUGUCAAAGUUGUUAAUGAAGGGAUUGACUGGAGUUCUGGAGAAAAUGUAUACUGGAAACACAAAGUACAGCGGUUUGAGGCGUGUAAAGUUAUUCUACAUGGAAAUGCAGAAUUUGAGGCCAAUAACGUUACCCUAGAGGGUAAUCAUGUAUUUGAAGUUCCAGAUGGCUACAAAAUGCAGGUCAAAUCAGGAAAUUCAGGCUUGGAAGUCCAGCUCAACCGCAUAGAACCAAGCAUGAUGGGCAGUGGAAGCUGGUUCUGGAACUACAAGUUAAAGGGCACAAACAUUCAGCUGGAAUUGGUGGAACUUUAAAAUAUUUAACCUUCUCUAAUAUUAAUAUGUGAAUCAUGGUUCACAAAUUGGAGUUCGAGCUUUAUCUUAAUAAUGUAUGAUCGGUUGUAACGUAAGUUAAACCAGGAACUCGCCCUUUGCCGUAUGAUUGGUUCUAACAUAAGUUAAACCAUCCAAGUCUAGGAUCUUUUUUUUUUUUUUUUUCAGUCGGAGCAUUAUAAAGCCGGUAGGGUUCCGGCUAGCUGUUGUGAUUUGUAUUUUUUUGUGUUGAGUUAUCGUAGUAAAUCCAUUGUAUAUUUGAAUAAUGUAAGGAAUUAAAGCAAUAAAAUUUAUGCAUUUUUUUAAA